UGUCAAGAAACAUGUGCUACUUCCGGUUUGAAAAUUGAAGAUGGCGACAAGCGCAGGAGACUGGUGUUUGAUCGAGAGUGACCCUGGUGUAUUUACGGAACUUAUCAAGGGAUUCGGUUGUGAAGGAGUACAGGUGGAGGAGCUGUGGAGUUUGGACUCAACAAGUUUUGAGAAUCUUAAACCAGUUUAUGGACUGAUAUUCUUGUUUAAAUGGCAGCCAGAAUCUGAACCAGAAGGCAGCAUUGUCCAAGACAAUCGCAUAGAGAAAAUUUUCUUUGCAAAACAGGUUAUAAAUAAUGCCUGUGCUACACAAGCAAUCAUUAGUGUACUUCUCAACUGUCCCGAGAACGAGAUCAAACUCGGCCCCACGCUGGGCCAAUUUAAAGAGUUCGCUCAGGCCUUUGAUCCUGCUUUACGAGGGUUGACACUGAGUAACUCAGAUACCAUACGAGAGGUUCAUAACAGUUUUUCAAGGCAGCAGAUGUUUGAGUUUGAUGAGAAAUUAGCUAAGAAGGAUGAUGACGUCUUCCAUUUUGUCAGUUACAUACCAAUAGAUGGAAGACUUUACGAGUUAGAUGGACUUAAAGAGGGACCAGUAGAUCUAGGUGCCAUCCCUGCUGAUACAGACUGGCUGGAUGUUGUCAGACCAGUUCUAGAGAAGAGGAUGCAAAAAUAUAGUACAGAUGAAAUUCAUUUCAACUUAAUGGCAAUAGUGUCAGACAGAAAAGCCAUGUAUCAAAAAAGAUUACGAGAACUUCAGUCCCGAGGGAUGGAGACAGAGGCUGAUCAGUUAGAAAUUAGUCAGUUAAUGGUCAAGAUUCAAGAAGAAGAUCUCAAAAUGAAAAGAUACAAGGUAGAGAAUAUCAGGAGAAAACACAAUUACCUCCCUUUCAUAAUGGAACUACUCAAGAUACUAGCAGAACAGAAGCAGUUACUUCCCCUCGUAGAAAAGGCUAAAGAAAAAGCAGCAAAGAAGAAGACAGAGGAAGUAAAAUGAAGAAGAUUAAAAAUAUAAAAGAAACAAAUUGAAAGAGGAUAUUAAAAAAACAAACAAACAAAGAUAUUUAAUUCAAGGACAAAGUUGAUUAGAAGGCAUGGGUGGUAAUGUUCUAGAAUUCUAGAAUAUUACAAAUUCAAAUUUCUCAAGGCACAAUAAUCUGACAAAAUAAAGAAAGCAUUUUGUGAGUGUAUGUGAAAUUGUGUACUUAAGUCAAAUUAUUUAUAUUUCUAAUUAUCAUGUGCCAUAUAACUUGGUGUCAUUAAACAGCAUAGCUGAAUUAUCUCUGAGAAUAUGGAUACAGAUAAUAGUACUGAAUGAUGCAAAUUAAAGAUUUUCUGUUUCAUUUUUGGGGGGUGGGGGUAUUAUGCUAGUGUUAAAUUGAUGUUAAUUUGGCUUCAAAUAAAAAAUAUUCAAUUAUACCAGCUGAUGUGAAUUACCAGAAAUUCUUUAAAUCAAGUAUGAUACCUCACACAGGCUCACCCAUCUUUGCACCAAUACUGACAAGAAAUGCACAUGUAUUGAGAACACAUCAUCUCCCUUUUUAUCAUUUGCAUAAACCUCUUUUGUUACAGAUUUAUAAUAAGAAGGUUAUAUUUGUAUAUGACAAUAUACAUGGAACCUCUUGAUGUUGAGAUUUAUGUCCAUGUUUCAAUAAAUCACAAUUUAUCUGAAAUCUGCUUCUAAUCUGUGAAUUUGGUUAUUGUGUUCCCAUCUCAGGUUAGUAUUCACAAAAUUUAUUUUCAUGUAAUUUAGAUUACAGAAAUUUAAUCUUUUAUACAAUCAAUUUUGUAUUGUUUUGUUUUUUGUCUUUUUCAUUUGCACUUGGAUUUAUUUUGUUGUUUUUUUUUUUGUUUGGUUUUUUUUUUUUUGAAGAUCUGUUUAUUGUGUAUUCAACAUUUGAAAAUCUAAAAACAUUACACUUGCACUAGAACUGGUAGAUUUGUUCGUGUGUAUUGACCAGAUCUUUAAUAUAGAGCUACCACUGGUAGUUUGUUUACUGUACGUGACCAGAUAAUUUACCAAGAACAUUGUACUGCCACUGGUAAAUAUGACCAGACCCUCACAAGAUUUAAAGUUUUGGUGAAUGUCUUUUACUUGAAUAGAAUUUGUUAUUGUUGUUGUAAUAUUAAUAAAUAAAACAAGUAAAAUUUG